GUGAACUGUGAAAUAUGUGAAGUGAGAGUAUGAAAUGAAACAAUCAGCAACAGAUAAGCAUUAUCUAUUUGUAAUAAGAAAUGGGGUUUUUGGAAUCAGCAGCAUAUAAAUAAUAAAACUGCAGCAGAGUAUUGCUCUUCGCCUUCAACUUCCACCCAUCGUGUUCAUUUCAUCUCUUGUCAUUUUGCAGACGUAGAUGAAGAAGAAGAAGAUGCUGUCCCUUUCUCUUUCUCUAUGCUGAGGUUUUUCAAAGAAGAAAAGACCGAUAAAUAGAAGUCUGAUGUGCAAUGGAUGCUUCCGAGGCUGCAAAAGUUGUGCUCGAUAAGCUCUCGAGACUGGAACCCGAACAUGUUGCCAAAAAAAUCGUCGGCUUUAUGUGUUUCCUCGGCUACACCGAUCAGGACAUGAUCAGGAUUGCCUUGGGGCCGGAUAGUUUGAUCCAUGACUUGAUACAGAAGGCCAAAACCGCGACUUUCUUAACUCCGGCGCCGUCCAUUUCGCCGCCUAUUUCGCCUACGAUGAACCCGAACCCUUCUUUACCUGAUCCAACCUUUCAAUUUUGUAGCCACUUUUCGUCCGCAGCUUCUCCUCGACCCGUUCCAAUGUUCAGGAGAUUAGAUUCUUGUUGGGAUCAUCCUAUUCGUAAUCCCGGGGGUGUCAAAUUGCUGCCUUAUGCUGAUUAUAUGGGGCUGGAGGAUCAAAUGGAAGUUGUAAAACCGAUGCCGUCUGGUUUUUUGAAUGAUUUCUACUCACCCGAAGCUGCAUUUGGCGGUAUGGGCGUUAGGGGGAAUAGGAUUUCUACGGGACCUGUCGAUUAUCCUGUCAAGACUUGUCAUUAUUACAGCAAGGGCUAUUGCAAGCACGGCAACAGCUGUAGGUAUCUGCACGGCGAAUCUUUCCCGGAGAGCUACCCUGCUCCGAUGUUUUGUCCUAAUCUGUACGAAGGAGGAGACGAUCAAGCGUUCUCGCCUGGAUCUCUCGAGAAGCUAGAAGUCGAAAUUGUGGAGCUGCUCAAGUCCCGAAGAGGCAAUCCUUUGUCGAUUGCGUCGUUGCCUAUGUUGUACUAUGAGAAGUAUGGUAAGACAUUGCAGGCCGAAGGGUAUUUGACGGAGAGCCAAAGGCACGGGAAAGCUGGUUAUAGCUUGACGAAGCUUCUUGCUCGACUGAGGAACAGCAUUCGGCUCAUCGACAGGCCUCACGGACAGCAUGCCGUGGUACUAACUGAGGAUGCACCGAAGUAUAUGGAUGUCCGGGGUGAAAGAAACGAGCCGGGGCAUAUCGUCAAUGGGUCGAGGCAGAUUUAUCUUACAUUUCCGGCGGAGAGUACUUUUACGGAGGAAGAUGUUUCCGACUAUUUCAGCUCCUACGGACCGGUUCAAGAUGUGAGGAUUCCUUGCCAGCAAAAACGAAUGUUCGGAUUUGUUACCUUCGAGCGGGCAGACACGGUGAAGGAGAUUCUGUCGAAGGGAAAUCCUCACUACGUGUGCGGUGCUCGUGUUCUUGUGAAACCUUAUCGAGAGAAGUCGAAGCUUAUUGAAAGGAAGUAUAUGGAAAGAUUCGACCAUCCGGCGUACUACAAUCCACACCGUAUUGAUUUCGAACAGGAGCUUCAAGCAGUUGGAUGGGAACCGUCGAGGCUGUUCCGGAGGCAGCAACAAAGAGACGAACUCGAGCAUGCCCUUGAACUCGAGACAAUGCGACUCUCGCAACUGAACAUGCGAAGCAAACCUUUUGCUGCGCAAGCUACUCUGCCUGAUGUUUAUUCGAGCCAAACUCGCGCAGUCCAAUCCAACUUCCCGUCUGCGGAGCGGUACAACUAUCUUCUCGACGUUCUGAACAGCAGCUCGACUAGGGACGAUCACCCUGAAUAUCCGGCGAACACCUGUGGCGAUCAGGAGAAUGCUCAAGGACUCAAUCUUCCCGACAGCCCCUUUGCUCCAGCGGUGGCGAGCAGUAUAUCUGCGGUCAUCUAGUCUGAUACACAAUACAAGAUUAUAGAGUUUAUAGAGGCGAGCGACGUACAGCUUAUUUUACAGACCAUGCUACCUACAUAGUCGAAAGCUACACUGCAGGUACAUAUCAUUAGCAACAACAACAUCGAAAGGAUUUCAUUUCAUUUCAACCGAUAGCAGAGCGAGGUAAAUGUAAGAAGUUUGAUGAUUUCGAUUCGGUUUCCAAACAAUAAACAAGAAACUGAAGAAGCAUUUAUGUAGCAGGAAGAAACAGAAGCUCUAGGAGUGAAUAUAGAACCCCCAUAAGUAAGUAUAUAUAUAUAUGUAUAACAGUAGCAGAGAUGUUAAUCUUAUGUUUUAAUCUCUGGUGAAAAAAAGGGUCAGCAGAUCAAAUAACUUCAGACAAGCUAAUUGUGUCUUUUAUUACCUGCUUAGUUUUCACUA